UCUCAGACCAACAGGUAAAGACUCAUUAUCGCGAGAAACUUUAUUAGAAGGAAGUGAGAUCUCGUUAAAACGUUUUCUUAAAGAUCCGUACAGUUUUACGUACUUGUAGAUUGAGUGAGGAAACAGAGUGAACCACGCCCACCUCCUCCUCCUGCUGUUCUCUGUCAGAGCUGUGUUUUAUUACAGCGGUGUCCGCGUGUGAAGGUUAUAAAUAAUGUAUUUGCUUGCUGCUCGGUACCGAGGGUCUUUAACGCAUGCGUCUAAGCGGAGCUGCUUGGAGAUAAACACACAGAGCGGAACACAAUGGCUGCAGGCUCAGAGAUCCAAAACAACAAGCCCCAAAAACUUCACCGACUACCACAGUCUGCUCCAUGAACCCAAACCGCACAUUCCUCCACUCUUCAACUUCGCUAAACAUGUGCUUGAAGUUUGGGAAACUAAAGAAAAGGCAGGUGGGAAGUCGUCUUGGCCUGCUCUGUGGUGGGUUAAUGAUCGGAAUGAAGAGAUCAGGUGGAGUUUUGAGGAGCUGGGCUUCUACUCUAAAAAACUAGCUAAUGUUUUGAUUGAUGAAUGCCGUUUGGUAAGAGGAGAUCGAGUCCUUCUCAUCCUGCCAAGAGUCCCAGAGUGGUGGCUGGUCAAUAUUGCCUGCAUCAGAACAGGUAUAGUUCUGAUCCCUGGAACAUCCCAGCUUACAGCCAGAGACAUCCUGCAUCGUCUGCAGGUUUCCCAAGCAAAGUGUCUGAUCACAGAUGAGAGCAUGGCGCCACUAAUGGACGCUGUGACUCCACAGUGUCCCACAUUGACCUCUAAGCUUCUGCUUUCCAACAAGGAGAGGCCAGGCUGGGGCAACCUUACAGCAGUCAUGAGGAGUGCUUCUGCUGAACAUGUGUGUGUGAACACACGUAGUGAUGAAACUAUGACCAUCUUCUUCACCAGUGGAACCACUGGGGCUCCAAAAAUGACAGUUCACAGCCACUGUAGCUAUGGCCUAGGACUCACCGUCAAUGGAAGGUACUGGUUAGAUCUUACUCAUGAUGAUGUGUUUUGGAACACCUCAGAUACAGGCUGGGCUAAAUCUGCAUGGAGCAGUGUAUUUGCUCCAUGGAUCCAGGGAGCAUGUGUGUUCAUACACCAUAUGCCACGCUUUGACACUAACACUGUCCUCAAGACUCUCUGCAAAUAUCCCAUCAGCACUUUCUGUACUGCACCAACAGCUUAUCGGAUGUUAGUACAGGAGGAUCCAUCCAGGUUCCAGUUUCAUUCUUUGGAGCACUGCCUGUGUGCAGGAGAGCCCAUUAACCCUGAGGUGAUGAGUAAAUGGAGAGAGCUCACAGGCCUUGAUAUCUACGAGGGAUAUGGGCAGACUGAGACUGUAUUGAUUGCUGGAACAUUCAAAGGUAUGGAAAUUAGACCUGGUUCCUUUGGCAAAGCAUCACCAGCUUAUGAUGUGCAGGUUAUAAAUGAAGAAGGAAAUAUUGUUGCUCGAGGAACAGAAGGAAAUCUGGCAAUCAGAGUGAAACCAGAUAGACCAUUCUCUCUCUUCACUGAGUACUUGGGAGAGCCGGAGAAAACAGCAGAGUGUUUCUGUGGAGAUUUCUACCUCACAGGUGAUAGAGGGAUAAUGGACGAGGAUGGAUAUCUGUGGUUUGUUGGCAGAGGUGAUGAUGUCAUACUGUCUGCAGGAUAUCGUAUUGGCCCAUUUGAGGUAGAGAAUGCUUUAAUAGAACAUGAGGCUGUGGCUGAGUCAGCUGUGGUCAGCAGUCCUGACCCAGUCAGAGGAGAGGUAGUGAAGGCAUUUGUUGUGCUAACUUCAGAAUAUAAACACAGAGACCAAAAUGAACUAAUCAGGGAACUGCAGACACAUGUGAAAAAGGUCACAGCUCCAUAUAAAUACCCCCGCAAGAUUGAGAUUGUGAACCAGCUUCCCAAGACAGUGAGUGGUAAAAUCCGGAGAGUGGAACUGAGGAAGAAGGAAUGGAGUCUGCCCUAACUAUCAUAGCUUACAAGAUUCAAGAUUCAAGAAGCUUUUAUUGUCAUUUCAACCACAUAUAGCUGGCGCAGUACAUAGUGAAAUGAAACAACGUUUCUCCAGGACCUGGUGCUACAUAAACAUACAACAAGUUCAAUACUAAACAACAAACAACACCACAGAGCUAGGACAGAAGUUUGUCUUAGCCACGUAAAGUGCACAGUGUGCAGCUAGGUGCAAACAGAGCA